AUGAGCGAAUUCCAGCGCCCAAAACAAAACACGAAACUCCACAGCGUCUCGCGUCAGGUGGUCCUCGAGAAUCAAGUGAAUGCCCAGGCCGAGUACCAAGCGUUCGCCAUUAUCACCACCAUUCCUCCGGUCAUCUUGCUUCCUGACUCCUCAACCUCCGUUUCAAGCGUGGUCGAGCACCAGCUUCUACGCACUCCUGCUGGUGUCUUGGAACCACAAGCCAUCCUGUCCGUUACCGCCCCCGAAAAUGACGAGCAGAACUCCCAGAAAUCGAGUGCUACCGCUAUGAGUGAUGUCGACACUGUCCCCUCCCUGCCGGCUGCCCUGGAUCAUAGACAACCCGCGCCUGCUGUCCAAGUGAACCAUCAGUCUACCUCGGGGCCCUCCUCCCCCAAGAGGACUUCGCUAACACCACCAGCUCCCCGGGGGGAGGAUGUGCCCGCGAAGGGGGUAGGGUCAGCUGUUGGGGAUGGUCGGGGACCCCCAAGUCCCAGGGCUGACUCGGAGGCAGAAACCAUUAUUCAGUCCGGCCGUGAGUCUCUGUCCCCGGAGAAAAGACGAAAGUUUAUAAAGCAUGAACCGAAACGAAGUGAUGAUGAUGGAGACGACUAUGCUGGCGUGGAAAGCGAAUUACCCCCCAAUUAUGUUGAGGUGAGAAAGAACAGGUCUGGGGAGGAAGAUGAUAACGCUCCCGAGAGAUCCGACCGUGAAAAUCGCCCAUCAAGCCCUAUUGUUCGAUCCAAAUCACCGUCUAUUGUCAAGGUUGAGAAGACUGAAGACCUGCAGUCCAUUCCAAGUAAACAUGAGCAUCUGCCAUCAGCUGCCUCGAGGGCCGCCAGGAAGCGCAGCUUCAGCGAGAGUGUUAGUGGUGAGCCGGAUGUGGGCCGACCGGGGCGCCGUCAUCGCUCUCCAACCCGUCGCGACCGAGAGGCCCGAGCUUUGAGCAAUGGAAUUACCUUUCCUCGACCUGUAUCUAAUGAUCGCUCCAUCUCUCCAGUCCGCCGGGCGCAUAAACGAACGACCUCCGGCCCCCACAUGACGACUGGCGACCAUUCCAGGAGACGCAAACCAACUCCCUUGAUAACUGGUUUCCAGAGGCAAAGUUCCGAAGACAGAAUGUCGGUUUCAUCUGCCAAUGGAUCACCGCUACCAAGUGCUCAUGUGCGGAAGGUUGCUUCGGGCGAUGGAACUUCAGCAUCUCCCGCACGUGCAACUGGCCACAAGAAACUACGCGAUCAGAAUGGCCGAACUCGUUUGGCUCGUGCCUGCGCAGCUCAAGAAUUGGAGGCGGUGGUUGCACGACAUGCAGAGCGUCCCGAGGAUCUGAAUGUUGCUGAUAAUGCAGGGAAUACCCCUCUGCAGAUCGCGUCUCUAGAAGGUUCUGUUCCCAUUGUUAAAUUCCUGCUUGCCGCUGGAUGCGAAGUGGAGACUUGCAAUAUUGACAAAGAUACCCCCUUGAUCGAUGCUGCAGAGAAUGGCCAUCUGGAGGUGGUCAAGAUUCUUUUAGAAGCUGGUGCUAACCCCCGCGCUGUGAAUUCGCAUGGAGACGAACCUACCGACCUGGUUCCCGAAGAUUGUGAGGAGAUUCGUCGAGUUCUCGAGGAAGCGAAGGCCCACCCGCGGCCCAACCGUCGCUCAGAGGAGCAUACUGGGUCUGGAAACCGAGAGUCAUCCUCCCGCCGAGUUUCGAACGCAAGUCCGCGUGACUCCCCCCCCGUGAAUGGACAGCGCAGCCCUCCGUUGUUUAGUACGACGACCACUAAACGGAAGAGUGUGCGAAGUGAAGCUACUAGGAACGAUCUGCUAUGGACCAAGGCAACCCCCGAAAAUUUGCAGGCCUUUGCUGCAAAGGGUGACAUAGCCGGUGUUGCGAAUAUUCUGAAUGUGGGACAAAAAGCCGACACCGAGUCGAUGAUUGCUGCUGCGAAAGGAGGUCACGAUGAAGUUUUGUCUCUACUCUUGGGUAUGGGAUAUGCAGAUCCCGACCCCAACCCUGUCCAAAAUGGCUCUCAGAAACCGGGCUACAAUACUCCAAUGCUGGCUGCGAUUGGUCGGGGGAAUGUUGCCGUGAUCAAACUGCUCCUUGAUCAACCCGGAUUCAACCCUACGCGCCGUCUGUACCGAGACCGCACCUAUUUCGAGCUGUGCAGGGAGCGCAUGGCUGAUAACUGGGAAGAAGAGUACGACCUUCUUCGAGACGCGUACGACAAUUACAUUAAAACCAAGAAGCAUCGGAGAGCCGAUCUCUCUUCACCACGACGAGCACGUGAGAAGGAGAAGGACAACAAACGAACUUCCCGCAAGGAUUCUCCUUCUCCCAUUCCCCGGCUGAAGAAACGACUCGCAAGCCCUAGCGCCCGCGAGACCUCUGCCAAGGACCCAGCAGUCUCCAAAAGGGGCAUUGCCCAUCCAAAAGAUAAAUCCGGUUCUGGCAUCUCCCGUUCGAAGCCGUCGCAUAGCGGUGUUUCAGACUCUGAUGGCUCUCGGAUUGAACCUACCAGAUCGAAGGCUGUAUCGUCAUUAAAGGACGGAGACUCUGUCAGGAGCGACGAGGUCACAAAGAGGAGGCGAUUGAUUGCUGGAAGGCCUCCCCAGGAUCGGGAAAGAAAAAUUCCCAGCUUGCCGUCAUCAGAUUCCCUAUCUGGACGCGAAGAAAGUGUCAAGCCGCGAGCCGACCAUUCUUCUGAACCAGCUUCUAGAACCCAACAACUGAAACGUGGACGUAGCAGUGCUAGUCCGGAUCGACCUCGUUCUCGCGGGCCUGAGGCCGAGCGUCAUAAUCGCGACCUUCAAAAGAAAAAGAGGAGGGUUCUUUCUGAGGAAGGCGCACCGAAUAUUUCUAAUGGAGGCGUACAGAAUUCUCAGCCGAUAGGUGUUGUUGACAUCAAGUCUCCGUCUCGACAGCAGAAGGACAGUCAUUUAGAGUCGAAAAAGGAUCAGUCGCAGGAUCCACAUCUCUGGUCUAGAGGAUCUGAUCGAAAUCCGGUGAAGAAAGAGCAGGGAAAACAUGAGUCACGCGACUUAGAAGAUAUUCCCCUCGAGAAUUCGACCCAGGCGGCAGAGCCGAACGAAGAAGCGGGCCGAAAAAAGGACGUUUCGAGGCGGAAGCAACCCGCUGAGCAGACACGGGUUAAUGGUGAGAUGCCUAUUUCAGACGACCCGUCGAGCAGUAUCAGCGAGGAUCAAAAGUUAGCGGAAAAGGCCAGACAAGACCGGCUGGCUGCCAAAGAAGCACGACUCGCUGCUGAAGCAGACAAGAAGGCUCGGGCCGAGAAGGAAGAAGAAGAAGAAGAAGAAGAAGAAGAAGAGCGUGCGGCCCGAGCAGCCCAGGAGAAGGCUGCAGAAGAAGAGCGCAAGCGAAAGGAGGCUGAGCAACGACGCAUCAAGCAGGCAGAGGAGGAACGACAGAAGCGGCUUGAACAAGAACGCCAGCGUCUCGCGAAAUUACGCAGGGAACAGGAGGAGCAAGAGCAACGGCGGCGGGAUGCACUCCCGAGCCGACUUCGUAUUGCCGCUAACCUCGUAGGAUCUAAUGAUCCCCAGGCACGAAGUCACUGGUGGCUUAGGAAAUUUAUGCCGGUGGUGACGGCCGAAACCAAGCAGCUGGACCCUAACUGCCACACGGAUGUUGCGAAAGAGAAAUGGGUUCCUAAUUACCUGGUUGCCCCUCUUCUAGCGACCAAUGACCUUCAACUUGCUCAGUAUGCGAGCUGGGAGAAGCGCCAUGCAACACCUACGCAACGCAUGAACCUCUGGCGUGUUACCCGGCGAAUGCUUGUGCAGGCGGAUGAUAUUGAAUUCCUGGCGUCGUCAUUUGGGCAGGUCAUGCAGAAGGAUAGCGAAACACGGAGCAAAUAUUUCGACAUGGAGCAUGUCUUUUGGGUUAAGCUUUCCGACUUUAUGGACCUCGUUCCUCAUAUUCCUCACCUUCAUGGGCUGGACAUUCGGUUCUUGAAAAUGCAUAUUGACCAAGAACCGGUGCCAACUGCGUUCGAGUUGCCGCAAGCAAAUGGGCACAUCUCUGGACCUCCGCAUAUUGAUAACACUGGGCUUUUCGCAGAAGGCCUUACUAAUGGCUAUGGACAUAGCCGACCGAGUACAUAUGUUUGA